AUGAAGAUUGUUGAUGAUGUGCAAAGCAGUUUGUCUUAUAUUGGAACAAAUUGGUACCCAUCAGGAUAUGACAUUUCUAUGGUUGCAACAAUUAAAAGAGUCAGUCUUCCUUUUACGAAAAUUCCAAAUUCCUUUGUAAUUAUCGAUUUGUCAGAAAACAAAUUUGAAGGAGAGAUUCCAGAUGUUAUUGGAGAGCUUCAUAGACUCAAAAGCCUCAACCUUUCAUAUAACAACCUCAUUGGUCCUAUUCCCCGCUCUUUGGGAAAUUUGACAAAUCUUGAAUCAUUGGACCUCUCCUCAAAUAUGCUUACUGGGAGAAUUCCCACUGAAUUGACCAAUCUCAACUUUCUUGAGUCCUUGAAUCUUUCCAACAAUCAUCUUGAGGGAUCAAUACCUCAAGGAAAACAGUUUGAUACAUUCUCAAAUGAUUCCUAUGAGGGAAACAUGGGGCUUUGCGGAUUACCAUUGUCAAUUCAAUGCAACAAUGUCCCUUUGAAACAAUAUCCAUCUUCUGAGGCUGAAGACAAAUUUGGAUUCGGUUGGAAACCAGUGGCAAUAGGAUAUGCAUGUGGAAUGGUGCUUGGAAUAGGAUUGGGAUAUUGUGUUUUCUCAAUUGGAAAGCCUCAAUGGCUCGUGGUCCUCUUUGGAGGUAAAAGGACCAAAAGGAGGAGCCGUGGAAACCGCCGGCGUGCAAGAACAACUCUGUUUCAGCUUUUUGUUGUAAUGUAAAUUUGUAAUAAGUUUAUGUCUUGUGCUCUUGUCUUUUUUUAUGUUUUAUUUGAUUUGGUGUGGUACUUUUGUUUACUUUGUGGAUGUCUACAAAUCUUGGCGGUAUUUAAAGUAAGUACUUGUCAUAUAGUUGUAAGAUAUGUUGCAACUUGCAAGUGAAUUCUGUUUUCAAAGCCUAUAUAUGUGUGAGAGUUUCUUG